AUGGAGGAUGUGCAGCUGCCCGUCGGCGUCUGGAUCCACGGCGGCGCCCACAUUACGGGCUCGAACCGCGACGCGCAGUACAACAUGUCCUUCAUCGUGGAGCAGUCCGUCGCGGCGGGCAAGCCCUUCAUCGGGGUCAACCUCAAUUGCCGCCUGCAGCUGUACGGCUUCAUGUACGGAUCUGACUUCGUCGAGGCCGGCUCAGGGGACUUGGGCUACAAGGACCAGCACCUGGCGCUGCGCUGGCUCCGGGAGAACAUCGCCGCCUUCUGCGGCGACCUGGUGUGGCACGCGACGCGGCGCCUCACGGCCGAGACCUGGGCGCGUAACGGCGUGCCCGGCUGGUCCUACCUGUUCAACGUGCUCCCGGUCGGUGUCUCGGGCGCCGUCGGCGUCACGCAUUUCCUCGAGGUCGCCUACGUCUUCUCCAACGUCGGCGCCGCGGCACCCGAGGAGCACACGAGGGUGGCUAACCUUAUGUCUCGCUACUGGGCGGGCUUUAUUGCCGAUUUGGACCCUAAUAGUGGCAAAGUUGGUCCCGACUGGCCUGCCUAUUCGCUCGCCGAGCCACAACUGAUGGCCUUUGAUGUUAACUCGACCGCUCUGGCCACUCCCAUCGCCGACACAUACCGGGAGGAGCAGAUCCAGUAUAUCAAUGAUAAUCUGGGCCCCCUUGGCCGGAAGUGA